AUGCCUUCCAAUGUUCAUAACAAUCGGGAAAUGUGUCCGACGAAGGACUAUGAUGCAAUGACCAAAAGCGAAGCUAUCAAUGCCAUCAAAACACGAACAAAGUCCCUCGAGCGUCUGAUGGUACACAAGAACCCUGUUUCUCCGGCAGAAAGCCGAAGAGUUGGCAUUGAAGACGAGAAUGAUGAACCUCAAAACGCCGAAUACCACUCUACAGAUUGUCCAAAAUCAGGAAGUUCUCAACCUGAGCUGGAAAUGGUAGCCCUCAAGCAUCGUCAAAUCAUUUCUGUGGUCAAUAAAGAUUUGAACAAUCUCUUCCGUUAUACUUUAGACGCGAGAUUGAAGAUUCUACGCAAGCAUCGUCAGGAGUUUCAAGUGGAUAUCAAGACUGUUGAGGAAUACUUAUUUCUCUUAAGAAAAUUGCAACCUGCGAACGACAAGAACUGGGCACGAAAGAUCAGCAUUGCCUCAGAAAUAAUGACUGAGUCUACUGUCAUGCGCAGCAAUAUCGAGGCUCGUAUUCAAGAGGUAGAAGUUUUCCUAUCCGAAGUAGCAAGUGAGAAAGUAAGCUUGGAAAAGAGAAGAGAAAUGAUGCUAAAUCUCGGGAUACGCCAUGGAACUUACGGGGACACACUUAGUCUCCGCGACCAUGAUAAAUUUCCCCAGAGUAGAUACGGUAAGCUGAUUGACAUUAAAUCACUGGAGAAGAAAGUUCGUGGGGCUAAGGUGGUCUCCAAGAAGCCAGCAUUGUAG